UCCAAGCGCUCUUGGGUUCGUUCUGCUUCUGUGGCCGAAACGUAACCGCAAGUGACGAGAACCCCUUCAGUCAAACGUCUAUUUAAAAUUUCCUGCUCAUCUGAGAAUACGCCCGAUCUCAUACAGUUAGGGUUCUUCACCGGCAGCAUCACUUGAUGUUUCCUUCUUCAGUUUGAGAUCGGCUUUCGUGAAUAAAUCACGCACCUUGUGCUCUCGUUUAAUCUUUCUUUGAACGGAUUCUAUUUUUUAAACGAAUCGGUCUAGUGAUCUGCGGUGCGUACGCAAAAUUUGCGGAACGGGACCAUUUUGCAUCUGACGGAAUCAGUUCUUCCAAAUGGGUGACUACAAACUGCAAAUCAUCCAUAUUCUGCUUUGUCUGGUGUUCGAACUUUUCACCUACUUUGUACUGUGCUUCAAUCUAAUUCGAUUCUACCUCGAACAUCAGCAGGAGGUUGAAUGGUCCUAUCUACCACGAAUUUAAGAGAAAAGAUUUUGGUGUACUGAUUUACUUGUGCCGUGCUACAGUUUACUGCGAAGAUCCUUAUCACAAUGAAUCAACCGUGUUACCUCGGUGAACCGUCACAAAUGAGCAAAAGUGAAAAGAUUAAUUGAAUGUUACGAAAUUAAAGUAGUGUUGUUAUCUUUCCUCUACAAAGAUUCCGCAGAAUCAAACAUGAAGAAACAUUACAGCGUGGAAAUAGCCGGUAAACAUGCUCGUUCUCCCUCGUCCAACAUACUGGACAAGAUUACCAGAAGAUACUCGGCGAUAGGCAGUCGGUUGAUGCGUAAAUCACCCGGCAGAAAAAGUAGUGUUGCAGAACCCGUCACCGGAAGCUAUGAUAUGACUGGGGGCCGAUCGGAUGAUUUCCGACCAGAAAUCGGAGUCCCCGUUCUGAUAUCCAAAACGAUGAAGUUCAAUUUUGAUGAGGAACCUGCGGAGAAAUCUAUCGUUUCGUCUACUCCACGUCUGUCCCAAUCACCAGUUCCUACCUCAGUCGUAGCCCGUUCUACUUCGGAUGACAGCGAGAACGACAUAUUCGUCGAUGCCAACAGUUCACUGCCGAACUUCAGUGAGAUUAAAUUCACAUUUCUCCCUGAACACAACAACAACAACUACAGCACAUAUUUCGAUGAAAACGACAAGAGCGCAAUCAAUUUACGGAGAAUUCGUUCCAAAUCUGCCCAUAAUCUGCACCAAACGGACCUUCGGAAGCUGUUUGAGAAAGCACCAUCACUCAAUCUGUCCGCCGAGAGUAAUGGUAGUGCAAAGAAUACCUCAACCACCGUGCCAAAUAGCCCUGCCGUGGAUAGCAUUUAUGAUUUUCCACGCAGUUCCAAAGUUGAUCAUUCAUCCUACGAUCUCGAUCAAGCGCAUCUCAUCUUGAAUGAGAUCGACAUCUCGCUAGUCAGUGAUGGUGGUCCUACUAACAUCUACCACAAUAUACCGAACGGUCAUCAUGUUACCUCUUCCAACGGUGUACUGCAAAAUCAUGCAUUCGACUACUCCGGUAGUAUUCAAAGCCUACACUCGAGCAGUACCCAAGAGGAAGAAUUCGAUCUGAAAUCGGCUAGUUUUCAAAGUUUAGAAGCUCGAAAUCUGUUUCUGUCGAUAGAGGAACUCGAUGAAAUCACCCGCCAAAUCAAUGAAACAGAAGCGUUCAGGGAAGACAACAACGAAUACUGCGAACAUCGAAAUCAGUUGCAUCCUUGCGAGCGACGGCUCACGCUACUGAAGAACAGAAACACCAGCAAGCAUUUCAUCGAUUUCGAUAAAAAGAAGGCGAAACUGACGCGCAAGUGGAGUGGUUUCAAGCACUGGAUUGGCGAAGAGCAGGACAAGAUAAAGGAGGUUGUACAGAAGCACGCUGCAAUGCAGCGGGUCGGUGUCGACAUAAGCAAACCGUCGGCCGGAGGAAAAUCUUCCAGGAAUAGCAGUGAGGUGGGUUGUGAAGCAGAUACGUCCGUUAUCGACGAGAGUGAGGCGAACAUGUCGAUGAGUGUGGUGAACAGUGAGAUCAAAGCAGGCUCGAAUAAUUCAGACGAGCGAGAUGACGUCCGGAAGAAGAAACCACAGAGUGCGGAGAUCUUGGAGGGCCAAAAUGGUUUCGAAGAGAUCCGCCGAUUCGUCAAACAGGGCGGCGAUUUUGGCAAGGAUCUCAUCACAAUUCUGCAGGAGCGCAUGGAAAUCGAGCAGAUUUACGCGAAAUCCCUCUCGAAGAUUGCGAACAAGCUGAACAAAGCAUGCCGAGAUCUGCCGGGUACGAUCGCCGAUUCGUGGCGGGCGGUUUCUACCGAGAUCGAAAGCCGCGGUGAAAUUCAUCGUCAAUUUUCCAACUCACUGGCCGAUGAGCUAGUGAAACCACUCAAGACUGUACUGGAGAAUCAGCAUAAGGCCCGCAAAACGAUCGAAAACAAUGUGGACAAAUCGGCCCGGAUACUGGCGGAAUGGAGGGCCACCGAGAUCAAGGGCAAAAAGGGAUCGCACGCUGCCGCCAGGGAGAACGAGAAGCUACAAGAUGCAAUGCUGGACGUAAAACUUCAACGUUCGCCAUCGCUGGGUUUGCUGCACAAAACCGUCGACAAAGAAACCAAAACCUCGGAUAAGGAUGGCUCCAAGCUGGAUACGAAGCGUAAGAAAGCGGAGGAUGCCGUCAAGAAAGCCGAUGUCGAGUACUAUACGCUCUGUAUACGGGCAGAACGUGCUCGCGUCGAUUGGGAAAUGUCCGUCCUGCGAGGAAGCUCGAUGCUGCAAUCUCUGGAAAAUCAACGACUAAACCAUUUCAAGAAUUAUGUUGCCAGCUACUUUCGUCUAUCGUCCGAGAUGAAUCCGGUGCUGUGCAAAAUCGUUGAUCGCCUCGGACCUCAGUUGCAGUUAUGCAAUGUACAGAAGGAUUUGGACGUGCUGAAAAAUAUUAGAAGGGCAACGGAGGGGCCAAGUGAGCAACUUCUACCGGACUUCUAUUGCGAACAUACCACGUUGGCAAUGAAUCGAGAGCGAAGAAAACAAUCGCUGGUGAAAUUGCUUCAACUCAUCCGCCAGGAUUUGGAUCGAGAACGAAGAUCGCGAAACAGUCUCAAGGGCUUUUCUCAAAGCUUCGAACCCAACGUCGAAGGUAACCAAAAUAUAGCGGAUAAGUUGUAUCAUAUAAGAUCUAUGUUGACAUACUUGGAGGGUGCCAGAUACAAACUACAAUCAGCACUUCUUGAACUUGAUCACAAACCUAGGUCGAGUCAUCCAUUGGCGCAGCAUAUACAGAUAACGCGAGACAGAACAGGAAUGCAAACGAGCGUUCUAAAGGUUCCACUGUGGCUUAAGAACGAGCAAGACGACGAAGAUGGACAGGUGUCUAGUACUAAUGGUGGUUCUUCCGACAUUGUGGAUCAAUGUGUUGAUAUUAGAAACGACACGCUGAUCAAACAUAUGUCGCAGAAGUACGGGAGGAGUAAGGAUUCCGGCGGGGAGGAGGAUCCUUAUAGCUUAAAUAAAUGCACCAAACUUGCUACUCCACCAAAUGGACACGGUCCUCUUUGGGACCGUGGCGUUGCGGAUGGUGUCUCGAACCAACCUGAUUCCGAUUUUGACGAAUUCUCCUCCCAGGAUGAGGAAGAAGAUAGAAGCAGCGUCGGUCUGGCAAUAGAAAACGGCACGCAUAACCAUAGCAACGGUGUCGAUACGGGUGACAGUGCACAUGGGACCGUGUCCACAGUGGUGCUCGGCCGAUGUCGAGCACUUUUCAAUUACACACCAAAGCUUUACGAUGAGCUCGAGCUGCAACCGGGUGACAUUUUGGAUAUUCACAUCAAACAAGAAGACGGUUGGUGGCUCGGAUCACUUCGAGGCCAAGUUGGAAUCUUUCCGGCCACCUACGUGGAGGAAAUAGUAUGAGAACAAAAGAGCUAGAUGUAGUUAUAAGGCAUUUUGAUGAUUGUAAAUAAUUGUGAGCUGCUAGCGUGAAUGAGCAUUUUGAAUCUGUGUUAUAUGCCAACCAUCCUAAUAUGGUAGACUAACGAAUAUGAAACACGUUUUAAAAACAAAUUUGGAAAAUACUUGUUAAAUAAUUUAUUGAUAUUUUGUACGUGUUUGUAAUAAUAGAAUGCGUCUUUUUAUAAUACGAAUGUUAGGAGUCGUCUCGUUCGAAUGAUACAGAGCAAUAAUUCAAAAAUAAAGUUGUCAAUUGAAGCAAUAUUUAAAAACAAAAAGCAUCAUAAGCACUUGUACACAUAUUCGAAUGUAAUAAUAGAUCCAAGUGGAAAAUGUUGUAUUGUUCAAUAUUCAAUAUAUUUUGGAAAUAUUUUA